GCGUGUUAGUCAACGGGUGGGAGUACAAUGGCAUUCGCAAAUAACACAUCCACAACCGGUGGACCAUCUGCCCCCGGGGAGGUACGACCUCUUCAGCAAUCUACUCCUCAGUAUAUGCACGCAAAGGGAGCACAAUGGUUUUUGGACUUCGUUGUUCAGGGGGACCUUUUUGGGCCAGCUGUUUUCAUGCGACCCACUUGCGUUCCAGACGCUGGGGGAGCGAUCAACGUUCUUCCUCUCGGUACCAUCGUCGCAUGCGCCAAAACUUCUGGAGGUUUGUUCAAGCUGCACACUAACGGCCUGUACGACGAGUGCAGACUGCCUCUCAGAGGUGUUAAAGGUGUGCUGGUGACCAUCAAGAGUUUCGCGGGGUACGGCUCGAGCAUGACGUUGUGCUCUCACUUCAAAGGCCUUUACGAUGGCGGCAGCAAGCGUCUUCCAUCGCCAGAGCAAUAUCUCGAUCUCGCACUGAUGAUGCCGAAAGAAUGUCCGGUUCUUCCGCGAGAACAUGUUUUUCGGCUUCUGCCACCCCAUAAGGGGUCGUCCAGCUUGGCUCAAGAAACUCCAGGUACGGCAGUGGGGCGCGGGAGUCCGAUUCAAGAUGCUGGGGGUCGGGUCAAGGGGCGCGCGCGCAGCGUUUACAUGCAGGUCGGCCCGGAUGCUCCUGGGAACACGUCGGACUUGCAUUCUCAGGGUACAGGGACUCAACGGGUCAAUACUCCGAAACUCAUCAAGGUCCGCUGCGGCGGCGACACGUAUUCGCUUCGAGAUGAGACGAGAAGAGAAUCCGACAGAUCGGGGCAAGAUGUCGGAGUGGAUGAGGCUGAAGGGAUGGGCGCUGUCCGCGAAAGCUCUGGCGGGGAACAGACGCCUUCGGAGAAGAAGCGCGAGCGACAGAGGAUGGUGCGAGAGGAGGUGGGGGAGGGAACCCUCCGCAUGAAGAGGAUGAGAGGAAAAUCGGAGGCGGUGAUGGGCGGGGAUGGAGGUGACGUCGGAGAACGUGCCUCGGGAAAGAGGCCGCCGAAGGAAGAGGGUGGGACGACAAGUAAGAAAGCGAGGAGGCCCCGCGAUUUGACCAUCCGCGAAGGACAAGCCGUGGGGGGAGGAGAUUCGGCUGAUCAAGGCGCUGCGGCUGCGAGAAAACCUUCGGGGAAAUCGAAACGGAAAGUGGCAGUUGAAGAAGGCGAUGGCCUGAAGAAACCUCGAAGGCGGAAGACUGCUGAGGCGGCGAGCGGGGGCGAACGGCCUGUCGGUGAGGAGUGCGACGAAGCGGCAGCCUUCUGGCUCGAAUACGAGCGGAACGAAGGCGGUGAAAUCGUGGAGAAGGAGCUCCCCGUCCAACUGCUCAUCGACCCCAGGAAGGUCUAUGACCUCCCGUCUUGGGAAAGAUAUUACAACCACCGCAGUCUAAAUUGGGAAACCGUGGACGACAUCAAGACUGCGAUGCUGAGUCAAUACCGCGAGAAAAGGGGGAAGAUCUGGACGAAAAACCCUUUGGUUCUGGCACCCAUCAACAAGCCAGUGACGCGUAGGCCGGAGAUAGCUGAUAGGGUUCACAAAGAUGUCUUCAAGCCAGAGGACAAGGACAAGUACUACUAUUACCCUGUUAACGGACAACACACUGUGGCUGCUGUGAAGGAGUUGGAGGGUGAGCCAAUAUUCGAUUUGUGGAAGAUGCACUCGUGGCCGGCGAGAGUAGUGUGGUUCUCCGACUGAGAUUUCGCGGGGUAUAGGCAGGUCAGUCUCAACGAGAACACGAGACACAAGAUAUCUAAGCAGCGAUCGCAGAAGGCCGCGUUCUUGGACAUGCGUGAGGCAUGGGAGAAAGAAGGAAGGUCGAUGGCCAGUCAAGGGAACCCUUCCGACAAGGAGGCCGAAAAACAAAAGUUUUUCGAAUUC